UCAGCGCCAGAACCAGCCAGCUACCAGGACCAGCACCUCACCGCGCACCACCGAGUCGGUCGGUCAGUCACGAGUCAUCCGUUGUUCGCUCGUUCGGUCCUCCUUCUUUCACGAUGGCCAAGCCAGAGCAACCACGUCGACGGUUUGCUCCCGUACCAAUUGAGACCACCUUCGAAACCUUCCGCAGCACCACCGGCAAGCAGAAGCACGUCCUCCACCUCGAUCCCCCAGAGUCACAGCGAAAGCAAGUCCGGAUGGGGCCCGAUCCCGAACCUACCCCCGAGCCGUCCCCGCGCGAGGCCUCGCCAGUGCCCCGGGAGCUGCAACCACGCCGCCGCUUUGCGCCCCAGCUGAUCGAGACGUCACGGAGGAGCCGGCGAGUCGGCGACGUAGGACCAGCUACCAAGCCGACCGAUAAGACGGACAUCUCGCCGUACACAAGAAACAUUUACACCGCCACCAAGGGGUACCGAGGGAAGAAACCAGAGGCACGUGGUCAUGGCGAGAACGCAAGUCCCAUGGCGGUUCGCCCCGUGGGACCUAUGCGCCGCGAGUCUGAGGAUGAGAACGUCGCGGGCUAUCUCCUGGAGCUGGCUGCAAAGGAAGCGGAGCGCCAGAUGCAAGAGACGGCUCUUAUGGCCUUCCCCAACAGCCACGCUCGUGAGGGUGGUAUCGACCAUUUCUACUUUCGCGAGAGCUCAGGAAGCGACAACUCGCCAGAGAGCACUUCGCCCGGCCACAAUGUCAACACCCAUGGGCGCCGGCGGUCGUCGUCCGGCCAGGACAUGAAUUGGUGGCAGAAGCACAUGCAGGAUCAUGCUGAACACAUAUCACACGAGCACGACGAGAUGGCCGUGGACGAGCCGGAGCCCCAGCAUGACACCACACAGGACUUCAAGCACGACUUCAACCAUGCAGAGAUGGCUGCCGUCCCGGAGGCCGACACGGAGUCGGACGAGGACAUCGGCGAUACGGUCAUGCGGACAGACUCGGCCCUCGACAGGAUGGAUCUGCCCGUUCUUCCGGAUCCGAUGUGGACCACGACCAAGAAGGUGUCGGUGCCGGGCCCCAUUGGCGAGACUCUCAUGCCACUCAUCCAGCCUGAUCCGUAUGUCACGAGCCAGGUCAGAGAUAAGCCCUUCCAGCCUGCAACCGCGCCGCCCCGGCCCAUUGGAGAAUCUCCGAUGCCAUAUGUCCCAUCGGCUCCGUCCGCCAAGCCUGCGGACAUGCCCUUUGCCAAACCUUCUCAAAUACCCCCGGACACCAGCUUUCGAAACCAGGCCAGUCCCUUUGGACGUCCAUUCGGAGGCCUUGGUUAUAAGCCACCAACUCCCCAGUUCCAGAAGAGGCGCCCGGCUGUAUCUCCCCCCAUGCUCGGCAAGGAUCUCGUCUUCCGGAGGUGUCCGUCGCCCAAGCAGACCAAGCUUGAGCCCGAUCACCCAUUCGCUGAGCGGCAUGCCGAGGAAAGGUACCGGGAUGUUUCGGGUCAAAAGGGUCUCUGGCGAGGCUACUGCUACAGAUCAGAAUCGAAUGAUGAUUACUUGGUGCCAGCAGACCUGCAUGCCCCACCGAUGCUGGGGACCCUUCACCGCGAACCCAAAGGUCUCCACAGACUGCAUGGCAUCCAUGGCAUCGACAGAAGUGCGCAGAAGGAGAAGAAUCUUGCCGAGCUCGAUGACAAGAUUUCCCAAGAGUUUGACGACUCUUUCAUCACCCAAGUUUACAACUACCUGUCCCUGGGAUACCCGGCCAUGGCUCGGGCAUUUGACGAAGAGCUGUCCCAGAUUAGUCUCAUGAGCAUCGGCGACCUAGAGAAAGACGAUGAGAAGCAGUUGGCCCAGGGCCAUCUGGUAGAGGCGGAGCACGACGCACCCAGGGAGCAGCGCUGUCCCCGAUGGAAGGCCCUUCGGUCGUACAUCUUCGAGUGGGCCAGGCAGCAUCCCAACCUCGACAACCUGGAUCCAGUUGGCUGGGGUGUCCGAGAACGACGAGGCAGCUGGGCCAUCUGAUUUUUACAUUUUCGCCUGCGCUUUUAUCACGCGUUACCUUCGAAUGAUCAGUACUAGCGACAAGAGGAGUCGCAAGAGGCAUUGUUGGACUGGAGUUGUGUUUUUGUUCCGAUUUCUAUUUCAUGGACUGGGCGUUUGUCUUUGUCU